CAUCGCAUUUCACACUCCCGAUCGCUCUCGCCGCGCUCGUCGCCAAGCUCACCUCCUCGGAUCGGGCCAAGCCACACCACACGCCACCGCGCCACUUGCGCGCAAACGUGCCGAAGCUUCGUCGCUGGCUUGAUCGCCCGCGCCGCCGCCCGCCUACUUUGAGGGCUCGCCCGCCUACCUUGAGGGCUUGACCACAAGCCGCCCGGUCUCCCAUGCGCCUCCACCACAUCCGCAUAUAGUGAGUGUGCGCGUUGCUGCGAGUUGCCGACGGCGAGAGAUGGCAGCGCAGGAGAGCGCCGCGGGGGGAAUCCAUGUGAUGCGGUGGCGUUACGGGGACGUGGGCGACAGCAACUUCGCGGUGCACGGUCGCGACGUGCCGCUGCUCGUGGGACUGCUCCUCGCCGUCAUAAUAUUCGUCGCGAUCUGCCUCUACUUCCGCUGGAGGUGCCACCGCUACGUGCCCCACCGGGAAGCGGAGGCCUCGUCGUCGGCGACGGCGACGUCGUUGACCGGCCUCGACGCCGACGCCAUCCGCAGCCUGCCCGUGACGCUGUACCGGCCGCCAGCGUCGCUGCCGCCCCUCGCCGUGAAAGGCACCGGCGAGGUCGACGACCAGGCGGCGCUGUGCUCGAUAUGCAUCAGCGCGCUGGUGGCCGGCGAGAAGGUGAAGGCGCUCCCGCCGUGCGGCCACUGCUUCCACCCGGACUGCGUCGACGCGUGGCUCCGGUCGCAGGCCAGCUGCCCGCUCUGCCGGUGCCUCCUCCUCGCCGCCGCCGCCGCCAAACCCGACGUCAACGGCAACGACUCCGCCGUGUGAACGACGCUCAUGUCAAGCAGGCCCCACCUGUGGCACCGCCGGAUCCGGCCUUUUAAAUCAGCGCGCCACUUAAUCAUGGCCGCCUUGGCCGCGUCAGGUUUUCUCGUAGUGAGUGGGGUUUUUUAGGGCCUAUAAUCGCCAAUGGCUCGGCGAAGUGUGUCGGAAAUGCAGUGCCUGUGCUGCCCCAAGUGCCCUCCCAGGCGUUCUUUGGAGGUCGGGGUGGGCUCACCUCGCCGGGCUUCUCUGUUCAAGGCUCCAAUCCAAGGGAAAGGUGGUGUAGGCCGUACAUACCUUUUGAGUAUUUAUAACCCUAGAGAAUGUAAUGUAUGCGGUGGUGGUUCAAGUGGAAUCUAUGUUAGUUAACUGUAGCAUUGGCUUUAAAAAAAAACCUUAACUGCAGCACUGCCACGUGCAAAGUUGCCUUU